CCUCUGUCCUCACGUCUCCUUUUUUAAUUGAGAAAAAAAGAUGCAAGAAAACACUAUAUAAUAGAGAGAAAAAAAAAGUAAGAUAAGCAAACAACAAAAGGGGGAUACGCUCGGAAAACUCGAACGACCGAAGGAAACGCAGAGGAAUUUACAGCGAAAUAAUAUACUGUGCUGCAAUCACUCAGAACCCACCCUCUAUUCUUCAUUCGGGUUUUCUCCUCAGGAAAAGCAAUAAGGAUUUUUGUGUUUUCUCCCCCUAUACUUGAAUAUUUCUGAUUUCUAUUUUAUUACGCGCUCCGAUUUUCCCCAGAAAAAGAAAAAGAAAAAAACAAAAGGAGGAAGAAAUUUGAACUAGUUUGGAUAUUUAUUUGCGUGAGGCGGUGGUCGUCCGAUUCAUCGGGCCGAUAUUUUGGUGCUUCCGAGAACCAAAGGAGAAGCCAAGUAUUCAGUCAAGUCUCUUAAAUCCUCUCAAAAAUAGCAAAUUGCUUAAUCAGGAUUUUGGCUUAAGCACGAUGCUUUGAUUAAGGCACCCAGGGGAUGGACUGGCUCUCCUUGCCUGCUGUCAGUUUGUAUGAGUGAUGUUCAGUGGGCAAAAAGGUGUUCAUUCUCUUAAUAUUUUUAAGUGGAAAUGGCGUAGUACAUCAUCUUUAACUUCUGGAUUACUUAAUGAUGUACCUCAUGGAAUUGAAUUGUCCGAUUAUCAUAAAGCUCCUAGCAUUUGUAGUGAAAGCCCGUCCGGGCUUCUUGAUGGUGAGACUUUGAAUGCGGAACCAAUCGAUGACUUGGAUCUCUUCUUUGAGAGGAUUUACACCUAUUACUGUGAGAAAGGGCUUUGGUGCAUCAUCAUCAAGUGGAUAUUUGAGCUCCUAAGCUUGGCUUUUACUAUAUGUUUUUCCGGAUUCUUUUUGCUCUAUGUUGAUUGGAAUGGCCUCCGCAAUGCAAAAUGUGGGAUGGUUGCAGUGGAAUCUGGAAUCAAACCAUGCGAUCUGUCUAAGGAAGCUUUACAUCAGCAUCCACUGACUCCUUUUACUCUUUCCAAGGGUAUAAUAUUAGGAUAUUUGGGGAUAUUUUCCGUCUACUGGAUUUUCUGCUUUUUGAGGUUCUUUGCACAGUUAAAGGAGACUCUUAAGAUUCGUCGGUUUUACUACAACAGUCUCCAAGUGACGGACAAUGAAAUACAGACUAUGCCAUGGUCAUUAAUUCUUGAAAAAGUUGUUCAAGUACAACGCUUCCAGCAGCUAUGUGUGGUCAAGGAUCUUUCUAUUCACGAUGUGGUUAUGAGGUUGAUGAGGAAAGAGAAUUACUUGAUUGGGAUGCUCAACAAAGGGGUGCUUGCCCUCCCUAUAUCUCGGUGGGUCCCAGGUGCUGGUGCAACUGCCAAUGUUGGUCCAAAUGGUGUUCAGUAUCGUCUAGUACUACCAAAGACCCUUGAAUGGAUCUUGAAUUGGUGCAUACUACAGAGCAUGUUUGACAGAAACUUCCGUAUACGAAGGGAUUUUGUCUCUGAUCCGGAAACAUUGAAGAAAAGGCUUAUGAUAGUUGGCUUUGCACUGCUUUUCCUUUCUCCGUUCCUGGUAAUUUUCAUGCUGGUUUAUCUCUUCUUGAGGCAUGCUGAACAAUUCUAUAACCAUCCUAGUACUGCAUCAUCCCGGAGAUGGUCAAAUCUCUCAAAGUGGAUGUUCAGAGAAUUCAAUGAGGUUGAUCAUUUGUUCAAGCACCGGAUGAAUAGCAGUAUAGUACACGCUUCUGAUUAUUUGAAACAGUUUCCCUCACCUAUUUUGACACUUGUUGCCAAGUUCAUCUCAUUUGUUUCUGGUGGCUUUGCUGCUGUGCUUAUAAUCAUUGCAUUCCUAGAGGAAUCUCUGCUGGAAGGCCAUAUAUUUGGUCGAAACUUAUUUUGGUAUGCUGCAGUAUUUGGAACUAUAACAGCUAUAAGCCGGGCGGCGAUGACAGUUGAACUUCUUGUCCUUGAUCCACAGGGAGCAAUGUCCCGACUUGUCCAACACACGCACUAUAUGCCGAAAAGAUGGCGUGGGAAAGAGAACACUGAGACUGUACGGCUGGAGUUUGAAACUCUUUUUCAGUACACAGGAAUGAUGCUGUUGGAGGAAAUGGCCUCGAUCUUUCUCACGCCUUACCUACUGUUAUUUGUUGUCCCAAAGCGGGUGGAUGACAUCUUGCAGUUCAUUGUCGACUUCACUGUUGAUGUUGAAGGUGUAGGUCAUGUUUGCAGUUUUAGCCUAUUUGAUUUUAAAAACCAUGGGAACAGAAAAUAUGGUUCACCCUUCAGUUCACGUUGCGAUCAGAGGAGUUCCCAGGGGAAAAUGGAAAAGUCAUUCUUGAGCUUUCAGAUUGCCUAUCCUUCAUGGGAACCUAAUGCAGACGGGAAGCAAUUCCUCACAACAAUAAAAAUAUUUAGAGAUCAAAAGAUGCAAGGUCGUGGAACGUCAACUGCACAUACGCCUUCUGGGAUGCAGCAUCAGAAUCCAAAUUUUAGGGGUUUAGGUGAUCGAAAUAGCUUCUCAAGGGAAAUGCCUUUCAACAACCUAGGAAAUUUUCAUCAGUUCGAUUCGAUGUGGCUGAUUGAUUGUGAACAGAAGAAUUUUCCAUAUAUCCUAGAUUGGUAUUAUACCUCACAGAACCAUGACAGAGAGGAUAGUCUAAGAGAUAAUAUACCUUCAAGACAUCAUGACUAUGAUGAGGAGAACCCUGAAGAUUUAUGGAUUCCAUCUGGCUUCACAAGAAACGAUGCAACAUACGAUGACAAAUGGGACGACAACCUGUUUGAUGACCGUGCACGGAGUCAUCUAGAAGCUUCCACAUCAGCACCCCUUUUCCAGGAAAGUGUCCUUCAACAUCACGAGUCGGAUGAAGCUGGACAGCCUGCUAGGAGCCAUUGGUGGGCCAGAAGAACACCACAAGGUCCGGAUCAGCAGACAAGUUUUCUUGAGCCUCCGAACUUUUACAAUGAAGCUCCACACAAUCUUUAUGACAAUCUCUCCGACAAAAGUGUAGAGGAACCACAGUUGGACUUUAGAAAUUCCAGGGGAUUGUCUCGGACUUUCUACAUGGAUGAUUUAGAUGGUGGAGAUUUCAGUCUUCCGUUUGGUGAUGUAUAUAGAAGUCCCUCAGAGGGUGUUGCUGAGAAUGCAGAUCCUGGAAAUCUUGUGUGAUUACCCUUGCUUUACCAUUGAAUAUGCAAGAGCUUCCUCGUCUAUCCUCUUAUCCAUCUCUUCAUCUGGAAAAAUACGGAAGCUCUAUAUUCUUUGCUGUAUAUAAUCUGUACAUAAUUGGAUUCCGAACGUCCUCUGGUUGAUUUGGAGGGUGACACACGAUGCCACUAUCACUGCUCGUUUACCAAAAUUGUAAAGACCGUUUAUUUAUCGUUUAUUCUUAUUUCAAAUUCAAGUGUAUCGUGAUGUGAUGCGCGGUCAAUGCUGCAAAGUGUUGUUGCUUUUAUUUCCUUAUGCUCGUGUAAGGGAUAUUGGAUGCACUAUGCAGGGUUGUCUUUUAGGACCAAAGGUGAAUUCUUGGACCAAGAGUUGAUGCCAAAAAAUUGUAUUCUAUGACUUAGACGACAAUUUGUUAGGAGGUCUGAACGCUAAAUUUCUUCUUUUUUCGGCUUGCUUUGUUUGUUGAUCCUACUUAGAUGAGAGAAAUGCUUUAGAUGAGAUGA